AUGGCAUGUAACAGAUCAGAGAGACAGAUGAAAUUAGGUGAAAGGCUUCGUCUUUAUAACACUAUAAAUACCCAAAUUCAAGAAUUUGUUCCCAAAAAUCAAGAAUUGGGAGUAAACCAAAUACCUAAUAACACUAAUUCAAACAGGGCUGCAGUUUUGGUAUGUCUAUUUGAAGACUCACAAGGACAUCUUCGUGUAAUCCUCACCAAAAGAGCUUCCACACUUUCUUCAUACUCCGGUGAAGUUGCUUUGCCUGGUGGAAAAGUAGAAGAAGGUGAUGCCGAUGACAUUGAGACAGCACUGAGGGAGGCUGAGGAGGAGAUUGGAUUAGAUCGUUCACUUGUAGAUGUUGUCACUGUUCUUGAAUCCUUUACCGCCAAGAAGGGAAUUACAGUGAUUCCAGUUGUGGGCAUACUUUGGGACCGGAAUGCAUUCAACCCGUUAAUAAAUACUGCAGAAGUGGCAUCAAUAUUUGAUGCACCUCUAGAAAUGUUUCUUAAGGAUGAGAAUCGACGAGAGCAAGAGUUAGAACACAUGGGAGAUAAAUACGUAAUCCAUUUCUUUGAUCAUCAAACAGAGAAUGAGAAGUAUAUCAUAUGGGCUUUAACUGCUGCUAUUUUGAUUAAAGCUGCAUCGGUUGUGUACCAGCGUCCCCCUGAUUUUCUUGAACGAAGACCUAGAUUUUGGAAUAGAAGUCGUCAAUGAAAGAUGUUAUUGCCAAAUCUUUCGCAGGACUUUUGUCCUUUGAACUUUGAACAUAAGAGAUAGUUCCUUCAAAAUUACAUAAAUAUGUGCC